AUGGACCUAGGUGAAAUCGUAUUUUAUCAGCCUAACAGAGGGACGAAAAGGCCUCGCGAUGAGGAGGAAGAAGAAAUCAAAGCGCGUCGGAAACAAGCUGGUGCACGAGAGCACAGCCGUCACCGGGAAGAGGAGUCUGUGGCGCUGGAAGAAACCGAUGAUGAGAAGAAGAAACUUCUUCAGAUAAUUGAGAGGGAUGGAGAAGAGGAAGAGGAGGAAGAGGAGCCUUUGGAUGAAAGUUCAGUGAAGAAGAUGAUUCUCACCUUCGAGAAGAGAUCUUACAAAAACCAGGAGCUGCGGAUCAAGUUUCCUGACAACCCAGAGAAGUUCAUGGAGUCCGAACUGGAUUUAAAUGACAUCAUCCAGGAAAUGCACGUGAUCGCGACGAUGCCAGACCUGUAUCACCUGCUGGUGGAGCUGAAUGCCGUGCAGUCUCUCCUGGGGCUGCUGGGACACGACAACACAGAUGUUUCCAUAGCUGUGGUGGACUUGCUUCAAGAACUGACUGAUAUAGAUACUCUCCAUGAGAGUGAAGAAGGAGCCGAAGUCCUCAUAGACGCUCUGGUGGAGGGCCAGGUCGUGGCCUUGUUGGUCCAGAAUUUAGAGCGCCUGGAUGAAGGUGUGAAGGAGGAAGCUGAUGGUGUCCACAACACGCUGGCCAUCGUUGAGAACAUGGCAGAGUUCCGACCAGAGAUGUGCACAGAAGCUGCGCAGCAGGGCCUCAUGCAGUGGCUGCUCAAGAGGCUGAAGGCUAAGAUGCCUUUCGAUGCCAACAAGCUGUACUGCAGUGAGGUGCUGGCCAUUUUGCUCCAGAAUAAUGAUGACAACAGAGAAUUGCUUGGGGAGCUGGAUGGGAUCGAUGUGCUGCUUCAGCAGUUAUCUGUGUUUAAACGACACAACCCUAGUACCGCAGAAGAACAGGAAAUGAUGGAGAACCUGUUUGACUCCCUCUGCUCCUGCCUCAUGCUCAGUUCCAAUCGCGAUCGCUUCCUGAAGGGCGAGGGUCUACAGCUGAUGAAUCUGAUGCUUAGAGAGAAGAAGAUCUCCCGCAGCAGUGCCCUGAAGGUGCUGGACCACGCCAUGAUUGGCCCGGAGGGCACAGACAACUGUCACAAGUUUGUUGACAUUCUGGGUCUGAGGACCAUCUUUCCGCUCUUCAUGAAAUCACCCAAAAAGAUAAAGAAAGUUGGAACAACGGAAAAAGAACACGAAGCUCGGGUGGAACCCGAUGUCCCCGCCGUUGCCCAGCGCCAAGGCGGGGAGGUGCUGCCUCCUGCAGACCUGGCCGGGCGCUGGGGGCAGCCGGGGGGGCCUCUGCCUGUUCUCCUCCUUCCUGAGGACAGGGAG